AUGGAACUGUUGACUUUCAGAGAUGUGGCCACUGGUUUCUCUUUAGAAGAAUGGAAACGCUUGGACACUGCUCAGCAGAAGUUGUAUACAGAAGUGAUGUUAGAGAACUACAGAAACCUGGUCUUCCUUAGUACGUGUCUCUAAACCAAACCUGAUCACCUUCCUGGGGUGAAGCAAAGAACUUUGGAUUGUGAAGAGUGA